UAAAGGAUGAAAGUGGUGGACCGUAACUGCCGGUAGAUGGCGCGCGCGCGAACGAACUUUGACACCUCGGGGUGUUUUUGUGCUUUGACAGUUAAAUUGAGACGCCAUAUUCAUUUUAAUCUUCUUUCUUCCAAAAUUGUUAAGUGAAAAAUAAAUUACGAUGGCCACACGCAAAAAGGUACUGCUAAAGGUAAUCAUUUUGGGCGAUUCAGGUGUCGGGAAGACCUCCCUAAUGAAUCAGUACGUAAAUAAGAAAUUUUCGAAUCAAUACAAAGCAACUAUAGGUGCCGAUUUCUUAACGAAGGAAGUGAUAGUCGACGAUCGAAUUGUCACGUUGCAAAUAUGGGACACGGCCGGACAGGAACGGUUUCAGUCGUUAGGCGUCGCGUUCUACCGAGGGGCCGACUGUUGCGUGCUCGUGUUCGACGUCACCGCCCCCAACACGUUCAAAUCGCUCGACAGCUGGCGGGACGAAUUCCUAAUCCAGGCGUCUCCGCGCGAACCGGCGGACUUCCCCUUCGUUCUCCUAGGCAAUAAGGUCGAUCUGGAGCCGCGCGCGAUCUCCACCAAAAGGGCGCAGCAGUGGUGCCAGUCGAAGAACAACAUACCUUACUUCGAGACGUCGGCGAAGGAGGCGCUAAACGUCGAGCAGGCCUUCCAGAGCAUAGCGCGAAACGCGCUCACGCAACAGAGCCAGUCGGUCGACCUGUAUAACGAAUUCCCCGAUCAAAUUAAGCUCACGAACACGACGAAUCGCAACAGUAACGGAGAUUCGUGCGCCUGUUAGAAUCGUAGCGAAGCAGAUCUACAUGUCAUAUCGAUUCUUUUAACCAAGCAAGUUCCCCUUAUCGAGUAAGGUUAUGUUCUCUAUUGUGUUUAUAAUUGAAUAUUGUAUAUAAGUAGAUAUUAUUUAAAUAAAUAUAUGUACCUACACAUAAAUUAUA